AUGCCGCCCCGCCGCGAGCCCUCCCGCGCCCAGAUUUCGCACGGCCUCACGUAUGUCGCGCAGAAGCCCUCGUUUCUCGCGAAUUUUGGCCAGCCGCCGCCUUCGGAGCGCGAGCCGAUCCCCACACGCCCCGACGAGGGCGAGUGGGCCGAGGACAGCGACGAGGAUGAUUGGGACAAGAAAUUUGGCGGGGACGAGGACGGGCCGCAGGUUGUCGUGUUGAAGGAGGGGCGGCAUCUCAGUGCGGACGAGGUCGCGCGGGAGCGGAGGCGCGCAAAGGGCGAGCGGACGCCAUCACCUGAAGCCGAGCCGAGUGUGAAGCCAUCGUCUGCAUCCAUCGGAAAAGAGCCAGCAAAAGAAUCAACAACCACGGUCAAGCCUGGGCCAAUACAGCACAAGGCGAAGCGCAAGCUCGUGGGAGAAGCGGCAGAGCAAGACGACAAGACGGACAAGACGACGGACAAGGCAAAGAAGAAGAAGAAGAAGGCCAACAAGCAAAUGCUGAGCUUUGACGAGGCUGAAGGCGAGUAG